CGCAUUACUAGGGCGACCGCCCGACGCUCCCGCUCCGGCAUGAAUUAGCGGCGGGUUCCGCCCGGAGCCUGCGACCCCCCGGACCCUGCCAGCUCGCCCUCGCGCCCCGCACGGCGUCGCGCGGCGUCGCCCGCCCGCCCGAGAAUCAUGGUGUCAUGGAAAGGAAUUUACUUUAUACUCACUCUGUUUUGGGGAAGCUUUUUUGGAAGCAUUUUCAUGCUGGGCCCCUUUUUACCUCUGAUGUUCAUCAACCCAUCUUGGUACCGCUGGAUCAACAACCGCCUGGUGGCCACCUGGCUCACGCUCCCUGUGGCCUUGCUGGAGACCAUGUUUGGGGUGAAAGUGAUCAUCACAGGUGACGCGUUUGUCCCCGGGGAAAGAAGCGUCAUCAUCAUGAAUCACCGGACGAGGAUGGACUGGAUGUUCCUGUGGAACUGUCUGAUGCGGUACAGCUACCUCAGGCUGGAGAAAGUGUGCCUGAAAGCCAGUCUCAAAAGCGUUCCCGGCUUUGGUUGGGCCAUGCAGGCUGCCGCCUACAUCUUCAUUCACCGGAAGUGGAAGGAUGACAAGAGCCACUUUGAAGACAUGAUCGACUAUUUUUGUGAUAUCCACGAACCACUUCAACUCCUCCUGUUCCCGGAAGGGACCGACCUCACGGAGAACAGCAAGGCUCGGAGCAACGACUUUGCCGAGAAGAACGGCCUUCAGAAGUACGACUACGUCUUGCAUCCGAGAACCACCGGCUUCACUUUCGUUGUGGACCGGCUCAGAGAAGGCAAGAACCUGGACGCCGUGCACGACAUCACCGUGGCCUACCCGCACAACAUCCCGCAGACGGAGCGGCACCUGCUGCGCGGCGACUUCCCGCGCGAGAUCCACUUCCACGUGCGCCGCUACCCGGUGUCGGCGCUGCCGCGCGCCAAGGAGGAGCUGCAGCUCUGGUGCCACCGGCGCUGGGAGGAGAAGGAGCAGCGGCUGCGCGCCUUCUACGCGGGCGCGGGCAGCCUGGGCCCGCCGGGCGGCGGCGCCGUCCCGCCCUGCAAGUCGGAGCUGCGCGUGCUGCUGGUGAAGGUGCUGUCGCUGGUGUACUGGAGCCUCUUCAGCCCCGCCAUGUGCCUGCUGCUCUACGCCUGCAGCGCCGCGCGCUGGUACUGCCUCGCCACCGUCGCCGUCUUCGUGCUGCAGGAGCGACUCUUCGGCGGGCUGGAGGUCAUCGAGCUGGCCUCGCACCGCGUCCUGCACAGGCAGCCGCCGCUGGCCGCCAGGAAGAGCGAGUAGCGGGAGGGGGAGGGGAGGAGCAGGCCUUUUCAAAAAUCAGAGUGAAAGACACAGAACAGUUUGGGACUUGGCGCCCAUGGAAAUCGGUGCCGAAAUGCCACAGCCCCUGCACCCCCCACCCGCCCCACGCCUGCCCCAGUGGGUCCCUCCCCCCACUCUCUGAAGGCCGAGUCUGCGCGUCCACUCUGCAGGGGCCCCCAAGGCGGGCGAUGUUUCCCCAGACUGACCGUCAACUCUCCAGCCUGCUUCCCGGGGGACGGCCCGAGAGGUGGCCGUCACCCGCCAGCUGGCCCGAGCCGGGGUCAGAGUGAGCAGGCCGGGGGCCGGGAGAGGUCACGGCGGAGCCCCCCCUCUCAGGCUUCGGGGAGGCCGGGCGUGGGACUGGGCCCUCCCGAGACAUCCCCCGAGAUGACCUCCCGACUCCGUGUCCCCCGACUCGGGGCUGCCCCCGCCCGGACUCCGGGGGGCACCGGUGUAACUGUUUACAUUUCCCCUGCACCCCGCGCUCCCAGUGCCUUAGCUCCGGGCUCCUGGCUGCCCUUCCUGCCCCAGGGUUCCGCAGUGCUUCUCCCAGUGAGAGUCUCAGUGGAGUUGGGGCGGCCGGGGACACCCCACUCACGGCUGGCCGGUGCCGGCUGGGUCUGGGUCUCAGAGGAGAGGCGCGGUGCAGGCCCUUUGUGUCUGGGAAGAUCACGGGCAAAACCCAAGGCUCAGAAAUCCCUCUGGACGGCCUUAGCGUCCACGGGGUGGCUGUGAGCCGUGUCCUGUGGAGACACACCCCGGAAUAAAGGUGACGUGGAUGAAACGCU